AUGUAUGUAUGUAUGUAUGUACAUAUUGUAACUUGGAAAUUCAUUCGAACUUAACGUAUGAAUGAGUACUAAACCGAUAAAAACCGUAAACUGUUAUUUUACGCGUACUAUUAAAUUGAUUAUAAUUAUCUAUUGAGACGGGAGAAACGUUAAUGGCAUAAUACUCGUAUUGGUCUACUUGUUACGCGUGAUCUUACGGGCUUUAAUGAUUUCUAAAACGGGGCAACGUCAUGAGUCAAUGGCGGGGUCGGGAGAAAACGUUAUUUUGACAGAAUGGCAAAGCAUCUCGCGUGCGAAUCUCGAUUUCUGUUGAGCGUGUGUUCUUUUUUUACUUUGUGAAAAUGAAGCGCCGUGUGUUCAGUGAACCGCGGAGAAGUGACGAACGAGGAAUAAUGCCGUGAAUAGGUAUUUUUCAUUGGCGCGUUCGAAAAGAAAAGUGUACAUUUAGUUCGAAGCAUAUCGCGCAUAAGUUUUCGAAUCGCCCUGAACGUUUUACACAGGACUCCUGACCGUAACACGGUGCGGAUGUGUGAUGGAGGAUUAUAAAUUUCUCUUUAAAGUUGUUCUUGUGGGAAACGCGGGCGUCGGCAAGACUUGCCUCGUGCGCAGAUUUACCCAGGGAUUAUUUCCACCUGGUCAAGGUGCAACAAUAGGUGUUGAUUUUAUGAUUAAGACCGUAGAAGUUGAAAAUGAGAAAGUUAAGCUUCAAAUCUGGGACACUGCCGGACAAGAAAGGUUUCGUUCGAUAACUCAAAGUUAUUAUAGAUCAGCUCAUGCUUUAAUUUUAGUAUAUGACAUCUCUUGUCAGCCUACAUUCGAUUGUUUACCAGAUUGGUUGAGGGAAAUUGAAGAGUAUGCGAGUAACAAAGUUCUUAGGAUAUUAGUAGGUAAUAAAAUUGAUCGGGAAGAUAGAGAAAUACCGACGCACGUAGGAGAAGACUUUGCACAAAGACAGGGAAUGUACUUUUUGGAAACUUCUGCCAAAGAAGCAGAAAAUGUAGAACGAUUAUUCAUGGAAAUUGCAGCCGAACUUAUGGAGCAAGCACGUAGCAAGGAACUACCUAGAUAUGAAACAAAUACAACUUCGAUAAAUGGAAAGACAACAGCAAUCGGUGAUACAAGUAACUGUGGUUGUAGUCGACUUUCUUAAGUAGCUUUUAUAUAUAAUAUUAAGUCAUUUAACAAAACACAAAGUUUCACUUGCUGCAUAUGCAUGUAGGAGACUGUCAUACAGUUUUUAUAGACAAUGGAGAUUGAACAUGAUAUUACUCAGUCUUCUAGAAUUAAAAGAAGAGACGAUUCUGGUACCAGCACAUCUUUGAUAUUAUAUGUUAGCGUCUAGUGUUAUAUAAUAUAAAUUAUAUCGACAGUUUUGUUGCGAAAAGUAUUUAAUACUUUAAACGAAAAAUGAAUUUUAAGUGUGUUGAAUAUUUGUUCAGAAAAUAGUAUGUUUUCAGAGAGAUUAAUUAACAGAGAUUUUUUGUUACAAUUUUAUACGGUUGCUUUAUACAAAUAAUAAAUCAUUUGAGGCCUGUGUUUGGGCAUUUAACAAUAUUUCCAUAAAUAGAAUUAUGCUAUAUUUUUUUAUAAUAUCUUUUGUUGCUGAAAAGGAUAGAAUGAUUCUUUUGUUAAUCACGAAACUUCAGGUGUAUGUCUUUUAUUUAAAUACAUACUGACAUAAUACUUUAAAGAGCAUUGUGAUCCUUGUGCAAUUAAAUUAUUUCAACCGAAAAAGUAAAGCUUCAAAUUGCUGUUGCUGUGCAAUAACAUGUUCAUUGUUAAUAACAUAUACUAUAAACUUUGAAGUUUAUUAAACGUAAAGGAAGGCUUGUAAUUAAACUGUACUGAUAAAAACAUAUCAGUUCGCAUGUGGACAAAAAGGUAACUGUAAAAUGAGGGACUUUUUAACUUUUUAUCAACAACAAAUUAUUGACUUAAAUAUGUAACUUGUAAAAGGUAUUAAAAACCCUUAUUAUCGAAUCAUUUGAAAAGAUAUCAUUUCAAGAAAUCAAUUCUGCAGAUGUAGAACACGAUUGAAAUAAAUCAUUUUUUUUAUACAAGAUUGUCUACGUCAUCUCUCAUUAUACACGAUUGUGUAGGUUGCAUCGAUUAUAUUCCAUUAAUUUGUGUUCAUUAACAUUCACUUAGUAUGUACAUCGCAUAAACUUCAGUGUACUAUUAAGAAUAAAUUUUACAAGAAGUAUCUUAUAGACAUUUCAAAUUGGCAAGUUUUUCAACAGUUGUAUAUUAUAUAAAUUAUUGUAAACGUUUAUAAAUUUGCUGAGCAAGUAUUCCAUAUAAAUAAAUAAAUUAUACUAUAAAAUUA